GUCAACAAAGGGAUGAGCCCCAUGAGGAAAAACACUGCCAGUGGCGUGGUCACCCCCCACACACCAUUUUCUGUCCGCCUGCUGAAAUCAGAGACUGUAACUGCAGCCACAGAGAGCAGAACGUGGCCGUCUCAGCCGAGCGUGAGGUCGAGGAGCACCAGUGGAUUUGUAAGAGCAGGGAAAAGGGAUGAGGCCUCACCCUCUGGGCCACAGCCGGGCGCCAAACAGGACUGGGUCUCCCACACUUCCCUCAGACAACUGCAGGAAAAGGCGGCGGCUGAAUAUCAGCAGGCGAGAGAAAUAAUCAAACCAUUACUGGACUCGGAAAAUGGGUUUGUGAAGGAGUUGGAGGGGUUUCUGAGCCAACGGGAUGUAACAGAGCUGAGGAGGAGGGAGCUGCUGCACAAGCGCUGGACUGAGCGUGUAUGGUUUCCCCUGCAGAGGAGAGUGGAGGAACACGUGUCCAGCUGUGGCCCCGUGGAGGCCAAGAGGCGCCAGGGCUUGUACACUCACUACCUACAUCACUGCAACACCAAGGGUUUUGUGUUUCUAGAAACGUAUGAUCUAAAGGAGUACAAUCCUUUUCUUCUCAAAAAGCUGAACUACUUCAAGCUCAAUACAGCUGACUUAAAGGACUCGUUACACCUUCAGCUACAUGAAAGACGGAGGGAAAUGGGAACAGCCCGUUCUUGUGAAGCAGGAUGUAAACACACAAGGAGACGAGUACGGAAGAUACCAGGUGAUCGUCGUCUCAGUGAGUCUGUGAUGCCUCAGGCUAGCACACCUAUACAGGCCUCAUACAGUUAUCAAGUCUCUGCAUCCAGGAGAACUCCAGCUGAGGAUGAGACUGAAGGAAGGAAGUCCAGCAGGCUCGAUACGAUACCAUACCACAUAAGUGCAACUGCCACACCAGAUGGAAGGUGCCGUCAGACCAGCUGCUGGUUCUCCAUAUGUGGAUGUCCCGUACAACCAACAACUUAAGGCCACUUCAGUCCUUGCCUACGUCCAAAUAAAAUCUUUGUUUUACACAAAUCUUCACCUCUAUUUGCUUCUAACUCACAGUUUUCCCAGGUAACAUACUUGAAAGUGUUACUGUGUAGGACUCUAGGAAACCAAGAAUGUGAUGAGAAAGUAGUGAAACAGAAACCCACAACAAAGAAAAACGUUUACUGUAUGUACAUUUUAAUCAUGCCAUUU